GUACUGGUGGCAUCCCAUGUAAGUCUUGCCAGAAGGCUGGGUCAUCGUGCAGCCCCGUGGUCGCGCAAAUUCGCUUUCGAUCGACACCCCGUCCGAAGCAGUCCUAUGCCUUUUCACCAGAUCAAACAUGGGUUGGCUCCAGAAGCAAGCGUAUGUGCACUAAAUCUCCCCUACCUACGCGCCUGUCUCGACGAAGCCCUCCGCAUCCUUCCACCCACAUCAGCUACUCUACCCCGUCGAACCCCACCCGAGAGAGCACAAAUACUGGGCCAGUGGAUCCCGGGUGACACCAGUGUCUCGAUGCCCAUCUACGCCGCGCAUCGGGACCCCGAGAUCUUCCCAGACCCCGAAGAGUAUCGACCAGAGAGGUGGCUUGACGAUGAAGCCCGCAAACGCAUGGAGCCGUACUUCAUCCCGUUCUCCACUGGUGCCCGAGGAUGUCUCGGGCGCAACAUUUCCUACUUGGAGCAGACGGUCGUGCUGGCUUCGGUGGUGCAUCGGUAUGAAUUUGCAUUACCGUCGCCCGAGUGGAGUAUCUACCGAUAUGAAGCAUUUAAUCUCAUUUUGGGAGAGAUGCCGAUAAAGAUUUGGCGGAGGGAGAUUGGUGGAUAGGAUGUCACUGCGGGAGGGGUUAUUUACGAAAUGCCAUGACUGGAUGAAGUUUAUUCUUUUC